AUGCCGAGCACUUCGCCAUUCAAAACCGUGUUGCGGGUCUGUCAAUCUAUUGAAAAUAACCAGCAGACUCAAGAGCAUGAGACACACUCGUUAUCCCAUGUCGCAUCCAAUGGGAUCGUACUGGGUACAGGAUCGCAUGCUACUUAUAAGCUACGUCCUGGCUCAGAGGCUGAUGCUCUCCAUGGGACAUUAGAACGCACGUCUGGACUGGGUGUUUGGGUCUAUAGUGACCAUAGCAGUGAAGGAACAAUUGUCAAUAAUGUGCAUAAAAUACUUCAUGAUGCUGUGGUGGUACACCAGGGUGACACAUUAACAUUGGGUCAGAUAGAAAUUAAAUUGUGCCUUGAAAAAAAUCCGACUGAAGUAGCCCCAGAAGAAGAGGAGAGUAUGGAACAGAAGGAACGAGUGUCACCAGUUAGUAUCAAUCAAAAGAUAGAAACGAGUACAUCUCGUGCAGAAAGACUAGCACGACGUCGUGCGUCAACGCCAUGGGGAUCCACAAGCUUUUGUAAGACACUUUCGACUAAACAACAGCUUCAUAUUCAGACGUCAGGACUUUCAUUUGUUGAAUCACAAUCUAUUGCUACCAUCGAGCCCAUUGUCAUUCCAGAAUAUACCGCAUCAAAUGGUUGUGGAACUCAAUGGCAAGAGAAACAAAACUCCAUUGCUAUGACAACACUAAAAGCUGGAUCACCGAAACAGCCUCGACAGUCACAAUCAUCUCAUCGAUCUCGCACGCAAUUUGUUCUUGGGAUCGACGUGCCACAAGUGGAAGAAAACACAGAAAAGGUGGCUUGUCCACCGCCAUUGGAAUACUCGAGCUCUCCUAUCGUUUCACCUUCCUCUUUAAUGACUCGAAAGCGACACACACUCGUUCCUUCCAAUUCUGAUUAUGUCAAUGAAAUGCCACCACCUCCUUUUCUUCGGGUCACUGCACGACGUGAUGAUCUUCGGAUUCAAGUGUCGAAAAAAAUGGCGGCAGCUGCACCAAUGAGUGCUGGAAAACUUGCUGUUCCGUGUGUGAUUGCAAAAAAUCUAGAGGUUCAGGCCCCGGCGUCGCCUGUGGCGCAAAGAGAUAUUAAGAAGCAACAAGAAACGCUUCAGACAAUUCUAAAGCAAAAAUCCAAUGAAGAACAGCUUUUAAAACAGCAACAGGAAGAGUGGAUGCGGAUGGCAUUCGAGUCUUGUGACAGCCCGGAUACUAUGUCUGGCGAGCGGGAGAAGCAGUCGUGUGUCAAUAUUGAUUCGGACGAAUUGGCAUUCUUUUCUGUUCAGACUCCAGUGCUACUACGUACGAUCUCACUCGGUAUGAGUGAACAACAGACGCCACUACCGAGUCCACGCUCGUCUGCUUCUACUCGAGCCUCCCGGUCCCGUCUUAAUAGUUGUGAUGGAACUUUUAUUGAACGUAAACGACAAGAUUCGAAUGGUCGACGGAAGACAACGGCUUUGGUUUUGUCGCCAAGCCUUCUUUAUCAAAACGGAGUCGAAUUGAGCCCAUCUGUCAAGGAAAAUGAAUUACGCACUUCAAAUGAUAGCAUUUCAUCCUCCGCUACGACAAUUACUGCAUGCCACCGCCGUGUCACGAGCUCGCUUGUAUCUGACCCCGCGAGCUCUGUAGAUCUUUGUGAUUUUGUAGGAUACGAAGAAGAUACUGAAGAUUUGAUUACAUCGUACACAACUGCUGAGUUGUAUGGCUCAGACGAGCACCUACGUCACUCACGUGAGGACUGUAUUUCAUUGCUUGACACUAACCGUAUCGAUAGAUUUGGGACCUUGUCACCACCAUUGUCUAGUAUUUCAUACGGCUUAUCACCAUUAAAUUCGGCUGAUACACGUCUCGGUUCUCCUCGUCGAUGCAGUUUAAAAACUUCUGAAAACUCAAUUUCGAACAAUAUUAACGAAAGUCAACAUAUUAGUGAUAGCACGGAGACCAACAACGUCAUACAAAUGAUAACUCAAAACUUAAUCAUGCACGAAGCUCCUCUUAAACGAUACCAUGCUGGAAAUACUGACGGCUCCAAACCGAGUCAUAGCGCUAUGCACAAGAAAGCAAAGAUGCUUGCAAAAUUUCAUACAUCUGCGCACAUGUCGAUGCUUUCGAAGCAGCACAAUGGAGAGCGACAUCCCGAAGUAAGUAAUGUCGAUCAAGAGACGGAAGAUGGCGAUAAUACUACGAUGCCUCUUGUAGUCUUUCAAUGCAGCACUUGUCGCUCGAUUUUUGGAGAUUCGUACGCUUUUGUGUGUUCGACAGAGCAGCUCUGGCUUGUCACGUUGAGUCAUGUGAUGAAUGUGACGCUAGCUCCAGAAGUUCAGACUGCUAGUGCAGGAUUUGACGCUGGUAGUUCGUACUAUGAAUUACUUUGUCACAAUUGCCAAGCUGUUCUUGGCCGCAGAUAUCUCACAACGCCAGUGGCAUUAGACGAAAUUCGAGAUCUCUUUAGUUUCUCAACUGGAGCGAUUACAAGCUAUACGUUGGGAGAUCCGAUGCAAAAAGGAGAAGGUGAAGAAGAUAUUUGGAUGAAACAAGCAAGCAUAGCAUGUUCGACAGCAAUGCAAACGUUAGCAGCUGAGCAGAGUGAAGUGAUGCGAUUAAGAGAAGAGAUGGAGAAGGUCAAGACACUGAUGGUAGCUGUAGACGAACGAUUGGCUCAUUUAGAAGGAUCUGCACCUGAGUCAGACGACGAUGCGGCAGGUGAACGGCAGCACAGUCGACAGGCAUAG